AUGUCUCGGCGCAAGCAGGCCAAGCCCCAACACCUCAAGUCGGACGAGGAGCUGCCGCCGCCGGACGGGGCUCCUGAGCACGGCGUCCCUGGGGAAGGCGCCGACGACGUGGACAGCGGGACUGAGAGCAGGAGCGGCGGCGAGGAGGCCAGCGUGUGCCAGACCUGCUGCGCGGAGUUCUUCAAGUGGACAGACUUCCUGCAGCACCAGAAGAGCUGCACCAAGAACCCACCGGUGCUCAUCGUGAGUGAGGAUGAGCCGGCRCCGCCCUCUGAAGAGUUCCCAGAGCCUUCUCCCGCCAGCUCACCCAGCGACCACACGGAGAGCGAGGCCACCGAGGAGGCCACCCCCGCAGAGGGCGGUGAGGGCAGCGAGGUGAAGGCCCCAGAGCCGGAGGACGAGCCCAUGGACGUGGAGACACCCGGGGACAAGGGCCUUCAGGGCCCAGGCACACCCGCUGUGCCCCCAGUGCUGCCCCCAGGGUCCCCUGCUGCCUUCAGCAUGCCCAGCACCAACGUGACGCUGGAGACUCUGCUGAGUACCAAGGUGGCUGUGGCUCAGUUCUCGCAGGGCGCACGCGCAGCUGGCACAGCCGGAGGCAGUGUGGGCGCGGUCGCCAUCCCCAUGAUCCUGGAGCAGCUCGUGGCUCUGCAGCAGCAGCAGAUCCACCAGCUGCAGCUCAUUGAGCAGAUCCGCAGCCAGGUGGCCCUGAUGAGCCGCCAGCCCACGAGGCCGCCACUGAACCCCACCACCCCUGGCACUCCUGCCCAGACCUCCGGCCAGCUCCAGGGCCUGGCCCCCCACCCGGCCCUACAACUCUCUUCUGGGCCAGCCCCUGUCCCUGCAGGCUCUGGCCAGGCAGCCCCACCUGCCUUCGAGGGCCCCCAGCACUUGUCACAGCCAGCGUCAGGUGCCAGCACUCCAGGUGGUACUGGGCCCAUGGAGUCCGUGGUGUCUGCAGCCCCAAGCACAGCCCCUGCCCUGGGGUCCACGGUGCCCAGCACAGCGGGUAGCAUGACACAGCCGCAGAAUGCAUCCACGCCCCCGGCCCUGGGCCCGGCCCCCCUCCUCAGCUCGGCCUCCAGCCUGCCAAACCCUCUGCUACCUCAGACCUCCUCCAGCAGCGUCAUCUUCCCCAACCCGCUGGUCAGCAUUGCCGCCACCGCCAACGCCCUGGACCCACUGUCCGCCCUCAUGAAGCACCGCAAAGGCAAGCCCCCAAAUGUGUCGGUGUUCGAGCCCAAGGCUAGCGCUGAGGAUCCCUUCUUCAAGCACAAGUGCAGGUUCUGUGCCAAGGUCUUUGGCAGCGACAGUGCAUUGCAGAUACACCUGCGCUCUCACACUGGCGAGCGGCCCUUCAAGUGCAACAUCUGCGGGAACCGCUUCUCCACCAAAGGCAACCUGAAGGUGCACUUCCAGAGGCAUAAGGAGAAGUACCCCCACAUCCAGAUGAACCCCUAUCCAGUUCCAGAGUAUCUCGACAAUGUGCCCACUUGCUCGGGGAUUCCCUAUGGCAUGUCACUACCCCCAGAGAAGCCAGUAACCACCUGGCUCGAUAGCAAGCCAGUGCUGCCCACAGUGCCCACAUCAGUGGGACUGCAGCUGCCCCCCACAGUCCCCAGUGCUCAUAGCUACACCGAUUCCCCCAGCGUCACCCCCGUCAGCCGCUCCCCGCAGAGGCCCUCUCCCGCAUCCAGCGAAUGCACCUCCUUGUCCCCGGGCCUCAACAAUGCAGAGUCCAGCAUCCCAGUGACAUCUGAGUCCCCACAGCCACUCCUCAGCGGCUCUUCUCUGACUAAAACUGAGCCUGUCAGCCUGCCGUGCACAAAYGCAAGGACAGGGGACACCCCAGUUGGUGGGCAGGCGGGUGCAGGGCCCACCUCAGCGGCCACGGCCGUCACGGACAGCGCCUCGGCGAGCCUCAGCAGUCCUGGUCUCCCAGCAGUCUCUGACCAGUUCAAGGCCCAGUUUCCCUUUGGGGGACUGCUCGACUCUAUGCAAACGUCAGAAACCUCGAAACUGCAGCAGUUGGUGGAGAACAUUGAUAAGAAGAUGACAGACCCAAAUCAGUGUGUCAUCUGCCACCGCGUGCUGAGCUGCCAGAGUGCCCUGAAGAUGCACUACAGGACGCACACCGGGGAGCGGCCCUUCAAGUGCAAGAUCUGCGGGCGGGCCUUCACCACCAAGGGCAACCUCAAGACUCACUUUGGGGUGCACCGGGCGAAGCCACCCCUGCGGGUGCAGCACUCCUGCCCCAUCUGUCAGAAGAAGUUCACAAACGCAGUGGUGCUCCAGCAGCACAUCCGCAUGCACAUGGGAGGACAGAUCCCCAACACGCCACUGCCAGAGGGCUUCCAGGACGCCAUGGACGCAGAGCUGCCCUUUGAGGAGAAGACCGCGGAGACCCUGAGCAGCUAUGACGAUGACAUCGAUGACAACUCCAUGGAGGAAGACGCGGAGCUGAAGGACUCAGCCAGCGACUCCAAGCCGCUCCUGACCUACGCGGGGUCCUGCCCUCCCUCGCCACCCUCCGUCAUCUCCAGCAUCGCUGCCUUGGAGAACCAGAUGAAGAUGAUGGACUCUGUCAUGAACUGUCCGCAGCUCACUGGCUUGAAGUCCGUGGAAAACGGGUCUGGGGAGAGUGACCGCCUGAGCAACGACUCGUCCUCUGCUGUGGGCGACCUGGAGAGCCGCAGUGCGGGCAGCCCUGCUCUGUCCUCCUCCUCCUCCUCCCAGGCACUGUCACCCACCCAUAGCCACGGGGAGAGCUUCCGUUCCAAGUCCCCGGGCCUCAGCCACCAGGAGGACCCACAGGAGAUCCCGCUAAAGACCGAGAGGCCAGACAGCCCACCCCCCGGCCCAGGAAAUGGAGGCGCCCUAGACCUGACUGCCGGCCACCCCAGUCGGCCGGUCAUCAAGGAGGAGGCUCCCUUCAGCCUGCUGUUCCUGAGCAGGGAGCGGGGUAAGUGUGCCAGCACUUGUACCAGCACUGUGUGUGGUGUCUGUGGCAAGCCCUUUGCUUGCAAGAGCGCGUUGGAAAUCCACCACCGCAGCCAUACCAAGGAACGGCCCUUUGUCUGCACCGUCUGCAGGCGGGGCUGUUCCACCCUGGGUAAUUUAAAACAGCACUUACUGACCCACGAAUUGAGAGGGCUGCCUUCUCAGGCGUUUGACCCCAACUUUGCUCUAGGUCCCAGCCACAGCUCUCCUCGCCUGGCCUCCAGCCCUGCACCCACCAUGAUCAAAAUGGAAGUGAACGGUCACAGCAAAGCCAUCGCACUGGGCGAGGGCCCGCCGCUGCCAGCUGGGGUCCCGGUCCCCACUGGGCCACAGACAGUGAUGAGCCCAGGCCUGGCGCCCCUGCUGGCACCCCYGCCACGCCGGACACCUAAGCAGCACAACUGCCAGUCCUGCGGGAAGACCUUCUCCUCGGCCAGCGCCCUGCAGAUCCACGAGCGCACCCACACUGGGGAGAAGCCCUUUGGCUGCACCAUCUGCGGCAGGGCCUUCACCACCAAGGGCAACCUCAAGGUACACAUGGGGACCCACAUGUGGAACAACGCUCCUGCGAGGCGUGGCCGCCGCCUGUCAGUGGAAAACCCCAUGGCCCUGCUCGGGGGCGAUGCCCUGAAGUUCUCUGAAAUGUUCCAGAAGGACCUGGCAGCCCGAGCCAUGAAUGUGGACCCCAGCUUUUGGAACCAGUAUGCUGCAGCCAUCACCAACGGGCUGGCCAUGAAGAACAACGAGAUUUCUGUCAUCCAGAACGGAGGCAUCCCCCAGCUCCCCGUAAGUCUAGGUGGAAGUGCUCUUCCACCUUUGGGCACCAUGACCGGUGGCAUGGACAAAGCACGCACUGGCAGCAGCCCACCCAGCGUCAGUUUGGACAAAGCAAGCUCUGAGACAGGCGCCAGCCGCCCGUUCACCAGGUUCAUUGAGGACAACAAGGAAAUUGGUAUAAACUAG